AUGGAACUGGCACGCCAUCUAAUGGAAUGGAUUCUUUAUACUCAGAUGAACCGGCCACCUUUCUUAUAUAAACCAAGGCAACUAAGAUGGGUUUCCCGGUCGAAACAAGGCAUGGACAGAGAGACGGCUGAAGAAGCUACUAGAAAUUUCAUUCGCUUUCCGUUCCCAUUGAAACUCAACCGCGACCCCAAAGAAGAUUUCAGAAAUGGCAUGACAAUGACAUUAGCAAUUUAUUACAAACAAUGCAAGAGAAGCUGCCCAUCACAUCUUCCAUCACUGCUCUGUCGAAGCAAUCCUGUUUGGAGCUUCUUUGGCUUUAAAGAUGAUCACGCUGCACUCAGGCAGUUUUCCCAAAAACCAUAUUUUGAGCUAAAGGUGCCUCCGCCACUCUGCUGUGCAUGCUCAGAAAUAACUGCUCGGGCACAGAUAUCCCAGGUCCUUGCUAUGUCUCCAAGCGACAUGGGUUGUGAAAGGCUUCGGAGAGAGAUGCUAAACCUAGAUUUAGCUUUUAUUGACAGAUCCUCGUAA